AUGGUGCGCGAUUCUUAUGACCCCAUACCGCUGGUUUGGCUGGCUCUGGUGGUGGUCGUCGGGUGGUCGCACUGCGGCCAGGCUUCGUUCGAGCUUACGGUGAUGCACACCGGCACGACCUACGCGCAGGUAACGGCCGUGGACCUCUUCAACAGCGCCUGCGAGCCGGUCAACGGCACCUACCGCUCGACGCAAGGCGCCGACCCGUGCCUGGGCGGCUUCGACCGACGGAGCACGCUCAUCGAGACCGUGCGCGCCACGGCCGCCAACUCGAUGCUUGUCGACGCGGGCUGUUUCUUCACCGGUUCGCUCUUUUGGUACCUGUACAACUCAACCGUCUUGACCAAGUACCACAGUCAGCUGGGCUACCAGGGCAUGGCCGUGAGCCUCUUCGAGUUUGUCAACAGCGUCGAGUCGCUGGCCUACUUCGUCGAGACCCUCGGGAACGACACGGCGGUGCUGGCGGCCAACCUGGAGAACAAGGACCAGGACCCCCGGCUGGUCAACGCCACGAUCGGAGUCAACGCCGUCUUCACCUUCGGCACCGAGAAGGUGGGCUACGCGGCCACCACCAUCGCCGACAUGGCCCCGCUCUUCGCCAACACCUACCAGCUCAACUCCUCGUCCGAGCUCGAGGGAAUCCUCAAGGCCGUGGGCAAGCUGCAGAACCAGGGGGUCAACAAGAUCGUCGUCACGCUCAGCGGCGUCGGCGUGCUCGACUCGGUGCUCAAGUACGUGCUCGGAAUUGACAUCGUCGUGCUCCGCGACGUCUACUACGCCAACCCGGUCAUGAACGCAACCGUGCCGGACUUCGACCAGCCCGCCGGUCCGUACCCCCGCGUGGUCUACACGCUGUGGGGACAGCCGGUGCUCAUCGUGGGCUCCGGUCGCUACGGCAAGAACCUGGGCGUGCUCAACGUCACCUUCGACGACAACGGGGUCAUCACGUCGUGGAACGGCAACUCGAUCCAGCUCUCCGACGCGAUCGCCGCCAACGACACCAUCCACCAGGAGAUCGUGCAGGACUACAACAACGUGCAGGACUCCCUCGGCACGGUGGUCGGCCGCGCGGCAUUCGAGAUCCAGUACGAGCACCGAUGCCUGUUCGGCGAGUGCGCCAUCGGUGACUGGGCGGUGGACGGCCUUCGCGGGGUGGGCCAGACGCAGAUUGGCAUCGUCAACGGCGACACCAUGAGCGGACCCUUCGCGCGGGGAAACAUCACGCUCGGCGACCAGCUGCUCACCUUCCCUUACGGCGGCCAGGACCAGCUGUGGACCUUCUCGCUCGGGGGCGCGCACCUGCUCGAGGCCCUCGAGCACGGCCUCUCGCUCGCCGACAACACGGCCCCGCCGGGUUCCAACUUCGGCCGCUUCCCUCAGGUCUCGGGCCUGCGGUUCACCUGGAACGCCUACGAAGCCGUGGGCACGCGCGUGGUCGACGCCUGGGUCGAGGUCAGCCGUGGCACCUGGCGGCUGCUCGACCCCAACACCUCCUACUCGGUCACGACCAUCGACUACCUCGGCCGGGGCGGCGACGGCUACAGCGUGUUCGUCGACCACGCGCAGGGUGUGGUCAACUCGGAGAAGUUCCUGCUCGACCCUCUGCUCGCGGCUCUCAACGACUCACUCCAUUCGAGCCCGCUCAGCGUGCGGGUCGAUGGCCGCAUCACCGCCACCAACCUCACGCGCCGCACGUGCUUCUCCUCGGCAAAUGGCACCGUCUGCAGCGGCAACGGCUACUGCUAUCGCGGCGCCUGCGUGUGCACCACCGUCGGAGCCUCGGGCAAUCUCUGCGUCAUGUCAUCCUCGUCGGCCUCAUCCGACUCGCUGUCCUCCGCGGCCGUGGUCGGGAUCGUGUUUGGUGCCGUCGUGCCCCUGCUCCUCGUGCUCAUGGUGGCCGUCGCUGCGGGCGCGGUGGUGAUCCCGCUGGCCGUGGCCCGGCGGAGGCGCGGCGGCGCGGAGGAGUGGCUGAUCGACUUCGACGAGCUGGAGCGCGGCGAGCUGCUGGGCCAGGGCAGCUAUGGCGAGGUGUACAAGGGCCUGUGGAAGGGCACCGAAGUGGCCAUCAAGACCAUCGGCCACGGCGCGGCCGCGAUGGGCCGCGAGGGCCUGCGGGCGUUCGGGGACGAGGUGCGAGUCAUGAGCCGUCUGCGGCACCCCAACGUGGUCCUCUUCAUGGCCGCCUGCACGCGACCGCCGCGUCUGUGCAUCGUGAUGGAGUUCAUGGCGCUCGGGUCGCUCUACGACCUGCUCCAGAACGAGCUCAUACCGGACAUUCCCCACGGCCUCAAGUUCAAGAUGGCCUACCAGGCGGCCAAGGGCAUGCACUUCCUCCACUCGUCGGGCAUCGUGCACCGCGACCUCAAGUCGCUCAACCUGCUCCUCGACGCCAAGUGGAAUGUCAAGGUGAGCGACUUUGGCCUCACGGGCUUCAAGGACUCGGUCAAGCGCAAGGACGAGACCCUGGCGCUCGGCAGCGUGCCGUGGAUGGCGCCCGAGCUGCUCCUCGAGGAGGCCGACGACGUGGACUUUGUGCUGUGCGACGUUUACAGCUUCGGUAUCAUCCUGUGGGAGAUUCUCAGCACGGAGGUCCCCUACGAGGGCCUGACCGCGGCUCAGGUGGCCAUCGCCGUCAUCCGGGACGAUCUGCGGCCGGACAUGGCCUGCGUAGCGACGGCCGGCCCGCCCGAUGGUACCAUCCGCGACUACGUGCGGCUCAUGACCGAGUGCUGGCACCGCGACAAGACCCUGCGGCCCGUGUUCCUCGACAUCAUGAGCCGCCUCACCUCCAUCGGCGAGACCCAGGGCAACUAUCUUAGCAGCACGCACACGGCCACGAGCAGCAGCAGAAGUACCAGCCUCCACCUGCGCGACCACUAUACCACCGGCAGCGGCAGCAUCGGCAGCAUCGACUUUGACAGCAGCCGGCACCUGCAGAGGGAGCGAUCGGUCGGUCCCGAUUCUUCGUUCCACACCGGCAGCACCACCUCAUCAGCGCCGUCUCAGCACCACCAGCUGCGGGCCGGUGCAGCUGCCGCGCCGCCGCGAGAGAACGUGUGCUUUGCGGUGAGCGACCUCGCGCGGCUCAACGAGCUGUGGACGGCCGAUCCGGCUGCAGCCAGUAAGGCCAUCGCCGCCUACUCUUCGCUGGUACGGAGGCACGCCGAGGCCUGCGGGGCGUACAUCUUCUCACGGUCGACUCUUCACAGCGGCGGCACCUUCUUGCUGGCCUUUGCGCAGCCGACCCAGGCGGCCGCCUUUGCGCUGGCAGUACAGAGCGACGUGCGCGCCAAGGGCUGGAGCGCGACCAUUCGCUCGCGGGUCAGCCUGGCCUACCACCCCGAACGGGCCAGGGCGCCUGUCGACGACCACCUGCAUACGGGCUACCUGGCCAAGGACUACGAGCAGGCGUGCCAGCUCAACGUGCAGUGCCCUUUCGGGGCCGUCAUCUGCUCCACCGAGUUUGCUGAGCGCCUCCAGCAGCAGCACGACGCCAGCCCUCCGAGCUUCACGCCGUUCGACGAUGUCGUGCUUCUCGGCGACUCAUCGGAGCAGCUGGACAAUGCCGACCUGCCUGACGACGGCAGCAUCGACGAGUACGAGAUAGGUCUGUGCUCAUCCAAUGCCUGUCCGUGGAUCAUCAACUCAGCCAGUCUGACGCUGGGCGGCACCAUUCUGGGCGAGGGCAACUACGGCCAGGUCACCGAGGCCCUCUUUGCCCCAGCGACUGCCCUGCGGGAGCCCUUCCCCUGCUCCUCCUCCUCCUCUUCGUCGUCGUCGUCGUCGCUCGUGCAGAGGAGAGUCGCCGUUAAGCGGCUUUUCCGCCACAGGCUAGACGACGGCGGCAUGCUCAACCUGCGCAAGGAGGCGGCCAUUCUCAGCGGCAUCGAUCACCCCAACGUCGUCAAGCUCAUCGGACUCUCCAUCGCCGACGACCGGCUGAUGCUCGUCAUGGAGCUCGUGCCCCGCGGUAGCCUGCGCUCCGUCCUCUCAUCGACCAAGGAGUCGUCGGCCCACCUGCUCAGCUGGCCGCAGAAGCUGUCGUUCCUGCGGGACGCCGCCCUGGGCAUCGCGCACCUGCACUCGAGGCAGAUCCUGCACCGCGACGUCAAGUCGUCCAACCUUCUCGUGGACGACAACAUGACCGUCAAGGUGGCCGACUUUGGCUUCGCCACGACCAAGGUCGACAACGGCACCAUGACCCGCUGCGGCACGCCAUCGUGGACGGCCCCCGAGAUCCUCUCGCCACCGACCGGUGGCACCAAGACUCGAUACACGGAGAAGGCCGACGUGUACUCGUUCGGGAUCGUCAUGUGGGAAGUGCUCACCCAGGAGUUGCCCUACCACGACCAAGACGUGAUGCAGGUGGCCAUGGAGGUGUUGGGCGGCGGCCGACCACCGGUGCCACCGGACUGUGCUGAAGGCUUCAGCCAGCUCAUGCAGAGCUGCUGGCACCAAGAUCCCCAACAGCGGCCUGACAUGAACGCAGUUGUGAUGGCGCUCAGCACAGAGUGUGAUGUCUGA